AUGCAGAUUCUCCUGCUUGCUAUUGCUUUUGGGUUCGCUUGUGCCCAAGAACUUGACCCUUCAGAGAUCAACGGUGACUGGCACACCGUUGCCAUAGCAGCUUCUAAUCCAGAAAAGAUUGAUGAGAACGGGGAUCUAAGAACCUAUUUUCGCUCUGUGCAGUGUUUUCCAAAAUGUGCUGGGAUCUUCGUCAGGUUUUACGUCAUUUCCAGUGGGGUAUGCAAAGAGUUUGAAGUUGUGGGAGUAAAAAGACAUGAAGAUAAUGUUUUUGUUGCAGAAUACUCGGGUACAAACUUUUUCCAAAUUCUCAGUAGAAAGGAGAAUGAGAUGACAUUCUUUAACAUCAAUGUAGAUGAGCAAGGAAAGGAAACACGUGUGCUCCUGGUUGCUGAGCGGCAAAAUUUGAAGGUGCUGUUCUGCAAAGACACAGCACAUCAGCAUCAGCUUCUUGAGCAGGGUGUUCUCAGCAUUUGCAUGGUUCUGAGUACUGAUACUUCUGCAGGGCAUGGAUUAACACACUUACCCUUCCCUGGUAUUAGAGCAGUGUUUCAGGAGGAUAACAGUGGAAUGUUGGUUAUGAAAGUAAAAGAAAGUUUUUUGAUUGUUUUCUGUAUUUCUCAGUGA